ACACCCUCUAUUCUUCACUGCCUUUUGCCGGUCUACUCAUCACUUACCUUCAUCAAGGAUGGCUGUUGCCGUUUUAUGUUGAUUAGUGCUCAUUUUUAUAAUAGUCUUGAAAUUAGUUGAUUGAAUAAAUCAACAAUGCAUCGCACAGGCUGCCCACGAUAUUUGAAUUCAUCUCAAGCAUGGGCAAAUAUUAGUAUCAAUAAAAUAUCUACCUCAACAUGAAUUGAACCGAUAAUUGCCGACUCUCAUCUACUUUUUCUUCCUAUCGACUAGAACUUUCUUCACUCUCAUCAUCAAGCUUGGACUCUCCAUCUUCAGGGUUUUAUUUUAAUGUCUUCACCGUCUUCUGGUUACACCAUUUAUUAUAUUGAUGGUUGCAAUUUCAAGUUAUUUUCUCUCUCAAUUUUGUCAGAAUUAUCUUUAGAGUUUUUAAUUUCAUAAACAGAUGAUUUCUACUGUUGUACUUAAUCUAUUUCUUUUUUAUGUGAGCUUUUUUUUAAAAUUUUAUUGUUACACAUGCAGGGUUUUGUCCAAAUUAAUCUGAGUAAUUGUCAAUAGAUGAAAAUCAAUCAGCGAUGUCAAUAGAUAAUUUCUACUGUUGAGUGUUUAUUAUGUGUUGUUGGUGUACUAAUUUCUCUGUAGGUAUAGAAAAGAUCAAAUCUGUGUUUGAGGCUGGGACCCCGCAAUUAGAGAAACAAUUGGGCUUGGAGCUACAAUUGAUUAUCUGUCUGAAAUUAGCAUGCAACCGAUUCAUGAUUAUGAAGUGUGUUUUAAUCUCUUAACCUCCUAUUCAUGAAAGAGAUAUAAUUUUGCACACGGUCUGAAAUCCAUGUAUCUUUUCGUAAUUCCAUUUUGCUACAUUGUUUCUUCCUUAUGGUAGCAUCUAAAUAUCGAUUCUUACAAAAAAAUGGCAACAUGUGAAUUUGAAUGAGACAAAAAAAAUGCACCACGCCUUUGCAUCAUACUGAAGAGAUCUAAAGUAGCAGUUGGAUAUUGUUUAUUGUUCUUUGAUUUUCUAGUUUUUAAGUUCUGACUUCAAAUAAGACAUUGAGAAAGCCGUCAUCUUGGGCUUUUGGAGCUCAAUAUUUGCUACCAGGACAGAUAUUUGAAUUAAUCUUCAUAGAACAGUCAAAAGCUUUUAUUUGGGCGUCAUGUUUGAAAUUCUGUACCAUUAAUUUAGCACCUUCCACAUUUGAGUGUAAUUUGCAAAUGUAUAUACGUGACCCUCUAUUCUUCACUACUUUUUACCAGUUUACUCACAUCACUUACCUCCAUCAGGGAUGGGAGUUGCCGCUUUAUGUUGAUUAGUGCUCAUUUUUAGAAUAGUCUUGAACUUAGUUGAUUGAAUAAAUCAUCAAUGUAUCGCGCAGGCUGCCCAUGAUAUUUGAAUUCAUCUCAAAUUUGUGGUGCAAGAAAAAUGCAAUGCAAGUUAAAGUUGCAUAAUGUGCAUUCCAAUACAGAGUGAUUUUGGUUAUGAUAUAAUAUCUCUUCACAUUUUCAUAUCCUUCCUCAGAUAGAGCUGGGUAGUUUUCUGUAUGAUUGCAUGUCUUCUGUAUCUGAUGUUCGUAUUUAAGGCCCUUCACCUUCACGAACUGUUAAGCGAGCAGCUCUUUGUUCUUUCAAAGUUAAAGAUGUUCAUCCUACAGAUAUUGCAACCUUCCUUGACCAACAGCAUGGUGUAGCUAUUAGAUCAGAUUACCAUUGUGCGCAACCUCUCCAUCGGCAUUUGGGAAUUAACUCAAGUGCACGAGCUAGCCUUUGUUUCUACGACACUAAAGAUGAUGUUGACAGAUUUAUCAACGCGCUCAAGGACACAAUCGACUUUUUCACUUCUUUCAAAUGAGGGUACUUUCUGCAUCACCCAGUUAUGUAGUGUAUCAAAAACAAAAAAUAUAUUCACACACUUUUGUAUAGGGUGUGGUUCAUGAAUAAACCAAAAAGGCAGAUGAAUACUUGACACUACUAUAUAUUAGAUAUUGAUAUUAGUUAUUUCACUUCAAUUUAAUUAAUAUUUUUCUCUUAUACUUUGAGUGUACGAUGCACAUUCUGGUGGUGAACGUGAGAUCCAGAGAACAAGAGAUGUUAAGGUGAUUUUUGCUACAAAUAAAAUCUCGAGUCUUGAUCCCGCCCUUCUGCGACCUGGUAGAAUAGACAGGAAGAUUGAGUUCCCUCUUCCUGAUAUUAAAACAAGGAGGUGGAUUUUCCAGCUUUGGUAUUAUGAUAUACAUACCGCAAGGAUGACUUUGGCUGAUGAUGUCAACCUAGAAGAAUUUGUUAUGACCAAGGAUGAAUUUUCUGGAGCUGAUAUCAAGGCAAUAUGUACUGAAUCUUGAUUGCUCACUCUAAGAGAUCGACGUAUGAAGGUGGGUAUGCUGAUUUUAAUCAAUGCAAGUGUUUACGUGAAAGGUACAAAAAACCUCGCAACCUUACCGAAAGUAGUAGCGUCUGUUGAGAUCAUGCCUUCCAAAAGGGCUAGUGAAGGGGGAAAUGGAAAUCAGUCAGCACCUCAGCCCGUCCAGCCAGAUCCUCUGGAUGAGCAUAUCUCUCAUGCAGAAUUCAGGACUGCAUUUACUACUCUAGCCAGUUCAGUCGCAGCCUAUAAUGAACGGCCAACUGUUGUUCCAGCCAACCCAGUGGAAAAUUCUGCUGCAGUCAGGAUUCGGGACUUCACCCGAAUAAAUCCUCCUCUAUUCACCGAUUCCAAGUCUGAAGAGGAUUCACAGGAGUUCCUCGAUCAGGUUCAGAAAGUCACAGACAUCAUGGGAGUGACUUCCAGUAAGAGCGUUGAGUUAGCCACCUAUCAGCUAUAAGAUGUAGCCCAUACG